GGUUUUGGGCAGUUGUUCUAUUUUUUUUAUUUCUGUGGUUUAUUGUCAUGUCUUCAUUGUAAAGAUAUUCUGUAAAUCGAGUUUUUAUUGAAAAUGGAAGACUUCGAAAGUAAAUCACAAUACACUUCUUCACAAGUUCGAUCACUUUCAGAUGAUGAACUGCAAAUGUUGGAAAACCAGAAUAAAAGACUGGUCACCGAAUUUCGAUCACAAAAACUCGAAGUGGAAGCCAAGAAAAUGUGGGAUUUAUUUUAUAAACGUAACACAACUAAUUUCUUCAAAGACAGACAUUGGACAUCGCGGGAAUUUGGUGAAAUUGAACAAAGAAUACACAAUAACCAACAAACAGUGUUAUUAGAAGCUGGCUGUGGAGUUGGUAAUGCUAUAUUUCCACUUAUGGCCCAAGCCAAAGACCUGUUCGUUUAUGCUUGCGAUUUCUCACCAAGAGCUGUAGAGCUUGUUAAGGACAACCCUAGUUACUCUGAAACAAAAUGCAAAGCAUUCCAAUGUGAUUUGGGAACAGAUCAUUUAAGUUACACUAUACAAGAAAACAGUGUUGAUUUGGUUACUUUGAUAUUUGUGCUGUCUGCUAUUCAUCCAGACAAAUUUGAAUUUGUUUUAAGAAACAUACACAAGGUUUUAAAACCAGGUGGUUAUUUAUUAUUUCGUGAUUAUGGUUUAAAUGAUUGGGCGAUGCUAAGGUUUAACAACGGGAGCAAAAUUUCCGAAAAUUUCUAUGUGAGGCAAGAUGGUACACGUGCCUACUAUUUUAAAAAAGAAGAAUUAGAGUCACUGACUUGUGCAUCAGGUUUCGAUGUAGUAAGUAACGAAUACGUCAUGCGGGAGACAAUUAACAAGAAAAAGAAUUUGAAAGUCCCGCGAGUAUUUCUACAAGGCAAGUACCAGAAGCCAGCACCUACAUAAACACUGUCAAUUCCAAACGAAAACUUCCAGUUUAUUUCCAACAUAUGACAAUGUUUUUAUCGUGUUCAAGCUUGGCUAGAAGUUCUGAGUGGCUGCAGCCAAGUUUACAACAGAUUUCAUCUGCACUGUGCAAUCCAUCAGUGUACUGGUGCAAGUCAGACUAGGAGACAAGUGUGUCAUUACUUUUAGACCGAAGUUUUUAUAUGCAAAUGCAAUCUUCUUGCAAGUUAUAUAAUAAAAAUCAACAAAUUACCGAU